AUGGCAAAACCCUCGAGAGUCGACCAGAAGGACAGAAACAAACAAUCAGGGGCCCGUGAGACAGAUGAAUCCUCCAGGGGGCGGCAGGAGGAAGGGGAAUUGGCUGAUAAGAAAAAGAAUAAAAGGGAGGAGAGGAAAGAGAAGAAGGUCAGGGAGAAGAGAAAAGAAGAAAGAAACGGGCCGGGAAGCAGCACGGCCAAGAGAGAGAAGGAGUGUAAUCAAAUCAAAUCAAAUCGAAUAAAAAUGCAAACUGGGAGAGAGAGAGAGAGGAAAAAAAGGUCUGGCCGAGGGAGCGAAAGCAUGGCUAAGAGCCAACGGGUCUUAGUGAAGGUCACUAAAACCACGAAGCUCGCGGGCGAAGGAGGAAGUGGAUGGGCGAUGGCGGGUCGCAACGCGCAUCCCUUCCGCCUGCAGUCCUGCGUUUCACCGCGUCCUCAUUUCUCUCUCGUCUCUUCAGGGGGUGAAGAUGCGCUAUGGAAAUUACACCCGUAG